AUGACGGAAGUCGUAGACACCUCAGACGGCGGAUCCGUUCAGAUUCAUGCGUCGAAAAGCGACUUGUCCAUCGCUCACUCAUCGCCACGUCUCGAAUCCAACGCGACGACGUCGACAGCGUGUAUCAACGAUGUUCAACCGCUGCGUCGGGAUCUGAGCUCCGAUCUACUCUGUCCACUGUGUGAUCAUCUAUUCGAUAGACCAGUAAUGGUCACUUGCGGCCAUUCGUACUGUGAACCGUGCAUCGAGCGACACACGAGGAAUACGAGAAGCUGUGUGAUUUGCAAGCAUGAUGUGGGCCCGUUCGAAGCCAUGAUUCCCAGUAUUACACUUGAUAAUAUGGUACGGAAGCUGAAAAACGAAGAUAUCAUCGAGUCGUCGUACGAAGAAUCGUUUGUGUCAGAAGAGAAGCUCCAAAAAGAGUCGCAAUCAGCAGAAGGAUCUCAACAACACCAACAAAAACUAAUCGAUCCGCCGAAACUGGUCCGAACGAUGUCACAGAAACGUCGUCUAUUCUUUUCCAUCGCCGGACCAACCAUAUGCUCGAGCCCCAUCACUCCACACCGUCGUCGUCCACUCUCGCCGAGUGCGCGCCCCACGAAGAGCUCACUGAAGAUUCCACCAGAAUCCAACAAUUUCCACCAGAGCCUCUCUCCAGAAGCUCCUGAUGAGAAGAAUCAGACGGCCGACGAAUCGAUCAUAGCGGCUGCAUCAGCGAUGUUCAGGCGAAAUGGAUUCGGACGACGCUCGGAACGCUAUACCUCUGCAACCAUGGGAUCCUCGAUGAGCGAUUUGGAGGAAUCUUUAUCGCCACGUGGCAAGCCAGAAGCCGAGGAACCAAAACUGAAGCGAAACUCGUUCCUUAGAAGAUCCCUCAACGCGUUCCGCUCGAAAUCCAAGCGUCAUAACACAGCUUCAACCACUAGAGUAGCUCCGAUUCCAGAAGAAUCCUUGCCGCUGUUCUCAGAAGACGAGGAUGAAGAGACGACGACUCCAUCACAGCAGAAGGACAAGAAAUCCAGUAUGAAAUCCCUCUGGAAGCGACUUUUUGUCUCCAAAAAGGGCAAAGUAUCGGCGGAUGGUGCCUCAGGACAAGUCCAAUUGCUCAGACAUCAGAAGAAAGAGGAGGGCAGCUUCUUCAACGACACAAUAUCGUUUGUGAGACUUCAGAACGAACACGACGACCCAUCGGCUGACUCGGUUUCCCCUCCGAAUAUUGGAAAUUUCGCUCUUGGCUACUAUAUGGGAAUCGGAAGGAAGUUUGAGCGAAUCGCUGGCGGUUCAGAGAUCACUCUAGUUGUUUUUGGACACGCUGGCGCUGGGAAAACAACGCUGGUUCGCUCGAUCCGUCAGCUGUUCCUGGACGGUACCUCAGAUCGUAUUCGUGUGAUCCCCCUAGCCGAACGCUAUCGUCUCGCUGGCAUCGGAAUGAUGCCCUAUCCAGAGGGUGAUAAUCGUCUGCCCCAUAUUGUUUCUUUGAUAAUCAACAUUUCCGAUGAUGUGGAGCAUGUGUUGGAUAUCAUUGAUCCGGAAUAUGAUAAUACCAAUCUCCCACAAGCCUACAUGGACGCCUGUGACGCCGCGCUUCUUCUGAUCGACGCCAGAAAUUGUGCGAGCCUUCUGUCGGCGCACCAGAUUCAUCGGAAUAUGAAGAGUGCCAAACAUGCGCAUGUCCAAUGCGAAAUGCUCAUGAACAUCCCAUCGGAAUCGUCUGGUCAGUCACGUGCGCUCUCUUCCAACGCCCUCGAAACCACAAUGUCCAAAGGAGCACCUAUUAAAGAGCUAUGUGUCACUCAACUAGCUCGUGCUGAAGUUCAGGAGGUCUGUCUGUGUGUCCCAAUGUCCACAUAUCCCCAUUUUCAGAUCCUCAUCUCAAUGUGUGAACGUGUUUCAACGGCUCGUAUUCCUACUGCUAUUCCUACUUCUAUUCCUACCACAUCAUAA